AUGUCGAAAUUUAUCUGUGCAACAUCAACAACACGAAAUACAAAUUCAUCAUCACAUCGUCAGAAUCGACCAAAAUAUAUUUCAGCCUUAGGAAAAUUGGUUGAACGAACAAAAAAUUGGCAACCUGGACGAGUAAAAGAAGAAAAUCGAUUAAACCGACUCUAUGAACAAGGUACAUGUAGUCUUUUUCGAUCAUUAUCUUCUUAUAGGUAUUAUCAUAUUCACAAAAAUACACCUUUUGAUGUACUCGAUGAUUUAAUUGAUUAUACAAAAGUGGUAAAACAUUACACAAUUGAUACUGAAGAUCAAUUAAUACCAAAAAGACCAUCAAUACCAGCAUUAAUACAAGUUGAAUAUGUUUAUGAAGAUAAUCCAUCAAUUUUACUACUUAUUGAAUGCAUGUAUUUACCUGAACAAAAUGAACCAGCAUUUAUAAAAAUUAAACAAUUAUGUAAAAUUAUAUUUUCUAUGGGCAACAUAAUUUAUUCAUGCGGAAACCUUGUCGAUGAACUUAAAAAAUUCUAUCAAUACAAUCUAUUCGAUGAAAAUGAUAUUAAUCACGUUCAUGAUAGAAAUAUACAAGAUGAAUUUAAAAAAUAUUUCAAUACAACUUAUCCAACAUCACCAGAUAUUAAAUUAAAAUCAAAUGAAACUUAUUCACUUCAAUUUGCAACCUUCAACAUGUUCAAUGAAUGGUUGACCAAACGUUAUACGCUUGGAAAUUUCAGUUGUGGUCUUGAUCUCGACUUACAUACAAUAACUGUACCAAGACAAAUUUAUAUAUAUGCAAGAACAAUGCAUGAAUUACCAUCACCAACAAGAUCUUCAACAUCAACAACAACAUCCAAUGAUAUAUUUAAAUUUAAUUAUUUCGAAGAGGAAUAUGAUGAUAUAUCUUCAUCUGAUGAAAUUUGUUAUCAUGUUGAACUUAAUGCACCGAAUGAUGGAUUAACAUUAAAUGAUAAUGAUAUUCCUGAUAAACAAGAACAAAAUUUAUUAACCGGGGUUCAUGUACAAGAUGAACCUUAUGAAAUGAUAAGUGACAAUGAUAUUGAUGAUAUUUCAUUACCAGAAAUUAUGAAAUUACAUUUACCAUUAAGACAACAUCAUUUAGAUGAACCUCAAGAACAGGUUCAUGAUACAGGUAAGACUUUGAAUGAAAUUGAAAUAAUUUCAGACGAUGAUAUUGAACAACAUACAACAACAAGAUCUUCUGAACCUCAACAACAUAAACAACAUCAAUCAUUAACGAGAAAUCAACGCAAAAAUAGAAAAAAACGAGCAAGAAGAUAUAAUUUUGAAGUAAUUCGAAACAUCUCGUCAAAAUUUACGAUCACCAAUAUAAAACAAAUCUUAAUCGACCUAAACAUAUCUUGGAUAAAUAUAAAUGUUGUCAAAAAUACUCUAUUCAUAGGUUUAUAAGAUGAAAUUCUUCGACAACGGGUUGACAACAUGUUACAUCAAGAUAUGUUUACACAUGAACAUUAUGAACGAAUACAAAAACGUCGACACAAACAAAAAACAACGAAAUUCAACAGUCUGAACUCGAACAAAUAAAAAAAAAAGAUAAUAAUAUAAAAAUAUGUAUAUGUAACACAUGUGUAUAUUCUUUCACUUUGUUACAUCUCGCCACGUGUUACUAUUACAUUUAAAGUCGUUCAACCAGUCGUUGUGAUUUUUUUUUGUUUAUUUUAUUUUUUUUUAUUAUUAUUUUUUGUUUUGUUUUUUGUUUUUGUUGUUUUUCUUCUCAAGCUAUAGUGUGCGGACACACAUUUUUUUUUCUUUGGGGGUCGACUGUUACGGGCCGAUGCCCUCACAUCUUUCUUUUCUUUCUUUUCAUAUAUCUUUCUUUUCCUUUAUCUACAUUUUCGUUGUUCUACUUUCCUCUGUUCUAUCUAAAGUUGUGAUACAUGUAUAUAAGGACUUGAUAUAUGUUAUAUCGAGGACUUUUCUCUUUUUGAAAAUAAAAGAUUUAACAUCAAGGACAUUUUUCACCUCUCUUGGAAAUAGACCCUAAUAGAGAAGAAAAAACAAUAUUUAGUUUGUUUCAAAAUUAUUUCAGUUCCCACUCUGUUCGAUUAACAUUUUUCUUUUGAGAAAGAAAGCAAUCUUACUUUGUGUGGUUAAUGAUAUACUAAUUUUCUAAUGAACACAUAUGUAUGCAUUACUAUAUGUUGUUUCCAACUUUAAAAAAAAUAAUUUCUUGAAACAAACUACACACUGCGCUUUAAAGAGAAAAACAUUCAAUUACAAAUGGUAGAACCUUUUCUAUAAUCAUUUUUUGAAAAUGUCUGAAGCAAGGAAGAACACUCAACAGGAUAUUCAAACUUCUGAUACAACUCUUCAACCUAAAGAAACAACUUUACAUGGUAUGUUUAGUCGUUGUGGGAAACUGAAGACAGUAUUAGGAGAAAUAUCCUCAAUAUUUUAAUCUGAAAAUCUUCAACUCAUAAAGGCUUAACUACGACACGUAUUUGAGGUUAACAUGAAGUCGAUUAGCACUAUAUGUUUGAGUCAUUGUCAGCGUUCUUAUGCUUGACAAAACAUUGAAAUGUUAUACCAACGGAUAUAUAUUAGAUUUUGAUCCGCUUCAUCAUGAUUAUUUCUGCAUAUGUUUAUUUAAUGGAAAAACCCAAUAUUUACUGUAUGUGUAGUAGUAGAUGUCUAAAGCGAUCAUAUACCAGAAUUUUAGUCUUUUAACUAAUAUUUUGACAAGAAUAUAAACAUUUAAAUAUUUCAUAGAAAAUUUUGAAUUAUUAUUUGAACAUUUUUGACGUUUCGCUAACGAUGUCGAGAGAAAAGGCAGUGAAUAAAGAAAGAUUGACAAAUUGAACUACUGAUAUAAAAUAAACAAAACUGAAUUAUUGUGCGUGUACUACUUUCCAUUUAGGUCUAUUAUCUGCUGUAAUUAAACCAGCAUUUUCCCUAACUUGUUCACGUUAUGUUGCAGGGAAUGUUUUUUUUUAUUCCUAUGCCACUUUUUUUCUAAUUCUCCUUUAUUUCCAAAUUGUUCCAUAAGAUGCAAUAAAAUUAAAAAAGAGAAGAAUGAAUUAAAUUAAAAAAAUUAGAAAAAAAAGUGCCACAGCACUGACAAUUAUUGAAUGUACAGAACGUGAGCAAAUUAGACAGAGAUGCCGAUUCUAUUACAGUACAUAAUAGAUCAAAAUAGAAAACAGAUGCAUGUACAUUAAUACACAGUUUAGUUUAUUGUAUGUCAGUAAGCCAAUUUAUCAACUUGUCUUUAUUCAUUGUCUUUUUUGUUGACAUUACUAGCAAAAUGUCAAAAAUGUUCAAAUAAUAAUUCAAAUUUUCUAUGAUAUGCUAAAUAUUUGCAGCUUUGUGAGGAAUGUCAAAAUAUUCGUAACCAAGGGUGAAAAAGCAGAGUUUUUUGGAUUUUAAAUCCGAAAAAAUCCAAAAAAUCUAAAAUCUAAAGUAGUCUUCAACAAUGUACUCCAAUAAUAUUUGCAAAUGGGUUGAACAUAGAUAACCAGUUUUAAAGGCUGCUAUAAAUAGAGAAAAAGCGAAUUCACAAGAUUCCGCAUCCCUAUAAGCACAAUGGGAAUCUUGGGAAAAUGAUGCAUCCUAUAGGAAACUCAUAAGUUCUAAUGAGGAAUCUUAUAGAAGUGCCAUAAGUUCUCAACCCUGAUCAAUCACGCACGGCGGUAAACGCUACCCGUAAAAGUCCACCGUAACCUACUAUCGUAACAAUACGGUGACUGUAUACUUUGGUCGGAAAACAACGUAAGGCAUCAUAUACACUCUAAAAAAAAUUGGUUUUCUACUGAACCCUCAAAAAAGGUUCGGCAGUUUAGAAAUAGUGUCCAAAUGGCUCAAAAUGUUAAAAAAAUGAUUAUUGAAAAGGUUGUACCAUUUGUAAUUGAAUGUUUUUCACCUCUCUUGGAAAUAGACCCUAAUAGAGAAGAAAAAACAAUAUUUAGUU